AUGAAAAAGUAUCCACAUCAGAAUCAACCGAUAAAGAAGUUCACACAUGCAUCAUCGGCUAAAAUGCAUAGGAAAGUUUAUUCAAGUGCUGAUCGUGUUAUGGACAGUGUACCGUAUCCGCCAACUCAUCGCUUAACUAUUAAAGACAUUUUUGGUACUAGUGAAAAACCUAAUCUUUCACUGCUUCUUCGACAUUUGGAAGCCGAAGGUCGUCUGGAACUUGAUGCAGCAUUAACAAUUAUGAUUCGAGCUCGAGAAUUAACUGCUCGAGAACCAAAUUUAAUUGAAAUAGGUACGCCGGUCACAAUCGUUGGAGAUAUUCACGGGCAAUUCUUUGAUAUGCUAAAAAUGUUCGAAAAAGGUGGUGAUGUAGCAUCGAAUCGAUAUCUUUUUCUGGGUGAUUAUGUUGAUCGUGGUCAAUUUUCUGUCGAAGUUGUAUUGUAUUUGUGGGCAAUUAAAAUCUCCUAUCCUGAUACAUUCUUUCUUCUUCGAGGCAAUCAUGAAUGUCGUAACUUAACUGUUUAUUUUACAUUUAAAGAUGAAUGUCUGCUUAAACUCGGUGAUAUAUUCUACGAAGAAUGUAUGAAAUCUUUCGAUUGCCUACCAAUAGCAGCAUUAGUUCAAGGUCAAUUGUUUUGUAUACAUGGAUGCAUAUCACCUGAAAUACGUUACAUACGAGAAAUAGCUGAUAUUAAUCGUACUAUUGAACCACCAACAAAAGGGCCACUCUGUGAUAUUCUUUGGGCUGAUCCAGUUGACGGUUAUGAUAAUGAAAAACUUGAACAAAGAUCAGAAAUGUAUACACAUAAUGGACCCCGUGGUUGUUCAUACAAUGUAUCUUAUAAAGCCAUGUGUAAAUUUCUUGAUGAUAACGACCUUCUUUGUGUUAUACGAGCUCAUCAAGUACAAUCAGCUGGUUGUAAAAUGUAUAAAAAACAUGAAAAAACAUUAUUUCCAACAUUAGUCACGAUUUUUUCUGCACCAAAUUAUUGUGAAGUGUACAAGAAUCGUGGUGCCAUUUUACGUUAUGAUGGUUCAGUAAUGCAUGUUUUUCAAUACAAAUGGGUAAAACAUCCUUAUGUUCUUCCGAAUUUUCUUGACGCAUUCCGAUGGAGUAUUCCAUUUGUUUUGGAAAAAGUAACUGAGAUGCUUUUAGCUAUAUUAAAAUAUUGUUCGGAUGAAAAUGAUAUUCGAUUAUCAAGAAGAACUCAAAUCAUUGAAAAAAUUGUUCAUUACUAUGCAUCAUUAUCUGAUGAAGCUGAACAAUCAUUAGUACUCGGCAAUGUUUUACCACCAACAACGACUCAUAUUAAUCAAGCACAUAUUGUAAGUAAAGAUCAAAUUGAUUUUCAAACGGCACAACGAAUGGAUUAUCCAAAUGAACAUUUGCCAUACAAUCAGCACCGUCUCAAAUAG